CAGAGACUGCGGACACAGUACAGGAGAUGACCAGAGACUGCGGACACAGUACAGGGAUGACCAGAGACUGCAGACACAGUACAGGGAUGACCAGAGACUGCGGACAGUACAGGAGAUGACCAGAGACUGCGGACACAGUACAGGAGAUGACCAGAGACUGCGGACACAGUACAGAUGACCAGAGACUGCAGACACAGUACAGGGAUGACCAGAGACUGCAGACACAGUACAGGAUGACCAGAGACUGCAGACACAGUACAGGGAUGACCAGAGACUGCGGACACAGUACAGGAGAUGACCAGAGACUG